GCUUCCGGGGGCGUCCCCUGGGGGAGGUCGGUGGCACGGCAGUCGCGGAGGAGCAGUAGGAGCCUUAGCAGCCGCGGACGAUGCAAGUUGCGGACGGGGCUCCUCUCUGUCACCUCAUGCCUCACCUUCCUCUCCUCUAGUCCUGCGCUGUCGCCCUGCAGCGGCUCUUCCUAACGGGAAGCCUUCGGAGUGCGGUUGCUGAAGCGACGCCGUCACCACCCGGGUCCCGGGGCCGAGCGAAGGUGUCUGUCGCGCCGCGUCGCCCCCUCGCGCCGCCUCCUUGCCCCCAGUGGUGGGCGCCGUUCUCCCUCGGAGCACUGCCCCCAGCUCCAUGAAUGGAAAUCGGCUCCGCAGGACCCGUUGGGGCCCAGCCCCUACUCAUGGUACCCAGAAGACCUGGCUAUGGCACCAUGGGCAAACCCAUUAAACUACUGGCUAAUUGUUUUCAAGUUGAAAUCCCAAAGAUUGAUGUCUACCUCUAUGAGGUGGAUAUUAAACCAGACAAAUGUCCUAGAAGAGUGAACAGAGAGGUGGUUGACUCAAUGGUCCAGCAUUUCAAAGUAACUAUAUUUGGGGACCGAAGACCAGUAUAUGAUGGAAAAAGAAGCCUAUACACAGCCAAUCCACUUCCUGUGGCAACUACUGGGGUAGAUUUAGAUGUUACAUUACCGGGAGAAGGUGGAAAAGAUCGACCUUUCAAGGUGUCAAUUAAAUUUGUCUCUCGUGUGAGCUGGCAUCUACUGCAUGAAGUUCUGACAGGACGAACCUUGCCUGAGCCACUGGAAUUGGACAAGCCAAUCAGCACUAACCCUGUCCAUGCUGUUGAUGUGGUGCUACGACAUUUGCCCUCCAUGAAAUAUACGCCUGUUGGACGUUCCUUUUUCUCAGCUCCAGAAGGAUAUGACCACCCUCUGGGAGGGGGCAGGGAGGUAUGGUUUGGAUUCCAUCAGUCUGUUCGGCCUGCUAUGUGGAAAAUGAUGCUUAAUAUUGAUGUUUCUGCCACUGCCUUCUACAAAGCACAACCUGUAAUACAGUUCAUGUGUGAAGUUCUUGACAUUCAUAACAUUGAUGAGCAACCAAGACCUCUGACUGAUUCUCAUCGGGUAAAAUUCACCAAAGAGAUAAAAGGUCUGAAGGUUGAAGUGACUCAUUGUGGAACAAUGAGACGGAAAUACCGUGUUUGUAAUGUAACAAGAAGGCCUGCCAGUCAUCAAACUUUUCCUUUACAGCUUGAAAAUGGCCAAACUGUGGAGAGAACAGUAGCACAGUAUUUUAGAGAAAAGUAUACUCUUCAGCUGAAGUAUCCCCAUCUUCCCUGUCUGCAAGUGGGGCAGGAGCAGAAACAUACCUACCUUCCACUAGAAGUCUGUAAUAUUGUAGCAGGGCAACGGUGUAUCAAGAAGCUUACAGACAAUCAGACUUCCACUAUGAUCAAGGCAACAGCAAGAUCUGCACCAGAUAGACAAGAGGAAAUUAGCCGACUGGUAAGAAGUGCAAAUUAUGAAACAGAUCCAUUUGUUCAGGAGUUUCAAUUUAAAGUUCGAGAUGAAAUGGCCCAUGUAACUGGUCGCGUUCUUCCGGCACCGAUGCUACAAUAUGGAGGACGGAAUCGGACAGUAGCAACACCAAGCCAUGGAGUAUGGGACAUGCGAGGGAAACAGUUCCACACAGGAGUUGAAAUAAAAAUGUGGGCUAUAGCUUGCUUUGCCACGCAGAGGCAGUGCAGAGAAGAAAUACUAAAAGGUUUCACAGACCAGCUGCGGAAGAUUUCCAAGGAUGCAGGAAUGCCUAUCCAGGGCCAGCCUUGCUUCUGCAAAUACGCACAGGGGGCAGAUAGUGUGGAGCCCAUGUUCCGGCAUCUCAAGAACACCUACUCAGGGCUGCAGCUCAUUAUUGUCAUCCUGCCAGGGAAGACGCCAGUGUAUGCGGAGGUGAAACGUGUAGGAGACACACUUCUGGGUAUGGCCACACAGUGUGUUCAAGUCAAGAAUGUAAUCAAAACAUCUCCUCAAACUCUUUCAAACUUGUGCCUAAAAAUAAAUGUUAAGCUUGGAGGAAUCAAUAAUAUUCUUGUACCUCAUCAAAGACCUUCUGUGUUCCAGCAACCAGUGAUCUUUUUGGGAGCAGAUGUCACUCACCCACCUGCUGGGGAUGGGAAGAAGCCUUCUAUUGCUGCUGUUGUAGGUAGUAUGGAUGCUCACCCAAGCAGAUACUGUGCUACAGUAAGAGUUCAAAGACCUCGACAGGAGAUCAUCCAAGAUUUGGCCUCCAUGGUUCGGGAACUUCUUAUUCAAUUUUAUAAGUCAACUCGAUUCAAACCUACCCGCAUCAUCUUUUAUCGGGAUGGUGUUUCCGAAGGACAAUUUAGGCAGGUAUUAUAUUAUGAACUACUAGCAAUUCGAGAAGCCUGCAUCAGUUUGGAGAAAGACUAUCAACCUGGAAUAACUUACAUCGUAGUUCAAAAGAGACAUCAUACUCGAUUAUUUUGUGCUGAUAGGACAGAAAGGGUCGGAAGAAGUGGCAAUAUCCCAGCUGGAACAACAGUUGAUACAGACAUUACCCAUCCAUAUGAGUUUGAUUUUUACCUCUGUAGCCAUGCUGGAAUACAGGGUACCAGCCGUCCUUCACACUAUCAUGUUUUAUGGGAUGAUAACUGCUUCACUGCAGAUGAACUUCAGCUGCUAACUUACCAGCUCUGCCACACCUAUGUGCGCUGUACACGGUCUGUUUCUAUACCUGCACCAGCGUAUUAUGCUCAUCUGGUGGCAUUCAGAGCCAGGUACCAUCUUGUGGACAAAGAACAUGACAGUGCUGAAGGAAGUCACGUUUCAGGACAGAGCAAUGGACGAGAUCCACAAGCUCUUGCCAAGGCUGUACAGAUUCACCAAGAUACCUUACGCACAAUGUACUUUGCUUAAUAAUUCAAGUAUAUUCUCUGAGAAGAACUGAAAGAGGACUGGACAUAUACAACAUGUAUUUCCAGGGGAGUCAGUUAAGUGGGGAUGCCUCAGCCAUACAGAAACCAACACUAUGGGGGACCAGGGUCUGAUAUUUAUAUGAUACAAGAAAGAUUGUUUACUUCAUCAAGGAACACAGCUCCAUUAUGCAAUAUGAAACCAGCCAACUGCUUUUUCGUGCAGUCUCCCAUAGGAAGUAUUGCAAUUGUUUGGUUUUUCACUUCUUGUAGUCUACCCUUUUAAUGCCUUUACCUCAAGUUGCUUGGCAGCACAACUACCUUUGCAAAAAAAAUAAAGGAAAGGAAAAUGAUAGUUUUACACACGUACACACACAAACACACACACACCCUACAUGAAUAAUUGAAGUUAUUGUUCAUUAUUGUUCACAGUUUUGUGUGCAAAAAAAAAAAUGUGUAUUUGUGUAUUCUUGUGAAUUCUCUGUGUAUCUAUUAUAUAUUUACAUGCACACUUAAUAUGCAUAUAUAUCUGGAUCUGGAUGAUAGUAGAUAUAUAUGUGUCUAUGUACAUAUUUUCAUGGUUCAUUCCACUGGGAAGUUUUCUUUCCUUUCUACUUCCCCUCUUCUCUUUAAUUUCUCUCUACUUCCCUUGCCUUCAUCACCUCCACCUUUUUCCUCUAAUGCUACCAGUGCCACUCAGAUAUACAUAUAUCUGGUUCAUUUUGAUGUGAAGCAUAAAAAACUA